AUGGCUCCUACCAAGGUUGGAAUCAACGGCUUCGGUCGUAUCGGUCGUAUCGUCUUCCGCAAUGCCAUCGAGCACAAUGACAUUGACAUCGUCGCCGUCAACGACCCUUUCAUUGAGCCCCACUACGCCGCCUACAUGCUCAAGUACGACUCCACCCACGGUCAAUUCAAGGGCACGAUCGAGGCUCUCGAGGAUGGAUUGAAGGUCAACGGCAAGCUCGUCAAGUUCUACGCCAAGAAAGACCCCUCCGAGAUCCCAUGGAGCGAGACGGGUGCAUACUACGUUGUCGAGGCCACCGGUGUCUUCACCACCACCGAGAAGGCCAAGGCUCACUUGAAGGGAGGCGCCAAGAAGGUUGUCAUCUCUGCACCUUCCGCCGACGCCCCCAUGUACGUGAUGGGUGUCAACGAGAAGACCUACAAGUCCGACGUAGAGGUCAUCUCCAACGCUUCCUGCACCACCAACUGCCUUGCUCCUCUCGCCAAGGUUAUCAACGACGAGUUCGGUAUUGUCGAGGGUCUCAUGACCACCGUUCACUCCUACACCGCCACCCAGAAGACCGUCGAUGGUCCAUCUGCAAAGGACUGGCGUGGAGGCCGAACUGCUGCUCAGAACAUCAUUCCCAGCAGCACUGGUGCCGCCAAGGCUGUCGGAAAGGUUAUCCCAGAGCUCAACGGCAAGCUUACGGGAAUGUCUCUCCGUGUCCCAACCGCCAAUGUGUCCGUUGUUGAUUUGACCGUCCGCCUCGAGAAGGGUGCUUCUUACGAUGAGAUCAAGGCUGCCAUCAAGAAGGCUUCCGAGGGUCCUCUUAAGGGCGUUCUUGGAUACACUGAAGAUGAUGUUGUUUCUACCGAUUUGAACGGAGAUACCCACUCUAGCAUCUUCGAUGCCAAGGCCGGAAUUUCACUUAACCCGAACUUCGUAAAACUGGUGUCGUGGUACGAUAAUGAAUGGGGCUACUCCCGCCGCGUUCUCGACCUCCUCAGCUACAUUGCUAAGAUUGACGCCGGCAACUGA